AUGCGUAUGCUCACUUAUGGGCUUCCAGCUGAUGCGACAGAUGAGUAUAUCCGCAUUGGCGAAAGUACUGCACUUGAGAGCCUACGUAGGUUUGUUGCUGCAGUUGUUGAGAUUUUUAGAGAUGAAUAUCUCAGACAUCCCAAUGAGGCAGACACAACACGCUUACUUGCAAUGGGUGAGAAGAAAGGCUUUCCAGGAAUGUUAGGGUCCAUCGAUUGUAUGCAUUGGGCAUGGAAGAACUGUCCAUAUGACAAACAAGGUCAGUACAAGGGGCAUGUGGAGAAGCCCACAAUCAUUUUGGAGGCUGUUGCUUCUGAAGACCUCUGGAUAUGGCAUGCCUUCUUUGGAAUGCCUGGGUCUCACAAUGACAUUAAUGUUCUUCAUAGAUCUCCAUUGUUUGAUAACCUAGCAGAAGGUAGAGCUCCAGAAGUGAAGUAUUCUGUCAACGGCCACGACUACAACAUGGGUUAUUACCUUGCAGAUGGUAUAUACCCUGAUUGGGCUACUUUGGUAAAGACAAUCAGGCAUCCUAUGGGUAACAAGAGGCAAUAUUUUGCCAAAUCGCAAGAAGCAGCGAGGAAGAUGGUGGAAAGAGCUUUUGGGGUUCUUCAAUCUAGAUUCGCCAUUGUUCGAGGACCAGCACGCCCUUGGGACAUUGAGACUUUGGCAUUGAUCAUGAGGGCUUGUGUCAUAAUGCACAACAUGAUUGUGGAAGAUGAGGGAUUCUUGGUCGACCCUGAUGAGCGUUUUGAAGAUGAUGCUGACAAUGUGGAACCUGCUCAUGGUCGAGCUGCUCGAUCACUAGAUGAAUAUAUCGAGGCGCAUAGACAGAUCAGAGACAAGGAUACACAUGUUCAGUUGAAAGAAGAUCUCAUCGAACACCUGUGGAACAAUCAUCCCGAUUUAUAUUCGUACUAG